AUGGCGUCUGCAGUUCCGCCAGUAACAAGCCCUAGCUUUGUUGAUGACAAGAGUCCCCUUUGCAUCCCCUUCAUCACUGGUUUACUCGAGCAACGAACGCAGAAGGAUGACAUUCGCCCGUUUCUGAUCGGUCUCAACGGUGUUCAAGGUGUUGGCAAAACCACACUCGUCAAAUCUUUGGCCGAUUCUUUAAGGAACCUUGGUCAUAACACACUUGUCUUCAGCAUUGAUGAUCUAUAUCUUAAGCAUGAAGAUCAGGUUGCUCUUGCCCGAUCUCAUCCAGAUAAUCUCCUUAUGCAGCAGCGGGGCGAGCCCGGCACCCAUGAUAUGCAGCUUGCGCGGGACUUUUUUGACAACAUCACGAAAGGAAAACCAACAAAGGUGCCUUCCUACGAUAAGGCGGCUUUUUCUGGCCAAGGAGACCGAGUGCCCCAGAGUCAAUGGGCACAGGUCAAUGCUCCUGGACAACCCAAGGUCCAAGUGGUUAUCUUCGAGGGCUGGUGUGUGGGUUUUCGUGCUCUGCCGGAAUCUGAGGUCGAGUUUAAGUGGAGAGCGCAUAGCAAGACACUUCAAAACCAUAAACUGGAACAUUUGCUCUUGGUGAAUGAGAGGCUGAAAGAGUACGAUGCCAUGACCGACCUGUUGGACGUGUUCAUCCACAUCGAUGCAGAUAACACUCAAUACGUUUAUGAUUGGCGCUUGCAACAGGAGGCUGCUCUGCGCCAGGAACGGGGAACGGGGAUGACAGACGAACAAGUCGUUAGGUUUGUCGACGGUUACUAUCCCGCCUAUGAGUUGUUUUCCGAUAAUGUGAGGAGAGGUAUCCUCCCAAACGUUCCGGGCCAUCAAAUGAGGCUAGUGGUUGGUAAAGAUCGAAGGGUAAAGGAAAAUCUCGUGAUAUAA